GGCGGGCGCAGCGCGCGACCGGCCUGGGAUCGCCCCCCUUCCCCGCUCAUCCCCCCGCUCCGGCUCCCGUCUCGGGCUUCCCGGAAAGUUUGUUCCCUGAACACUCAGCGGGGCGGCUCCGGGAGUCCCGCCGAGACGAGAGUUCCCCCCUGCAGCCCCAGCUGGUGUGGCCAGGCCCCAAGUAUAGGAUGGGGCUCCCUCUACAAGGGCCGCUGGCAGCCAGAACGGACACAGUUCCCCUGCUCUGGGGCCAGGACGCCAGCUGAGGAGGGCAGGAGUGUGUGGAGUUAUGGCUGGUGCUUCGGUGAAAGUGGCAGUGAGGGUCCGGCCCUUCAAUGCCCGGGAGACCAGCCGGGAUGCUAAGUGCGUGGUCAGCAUGCAGGGCAACACCACCUCCAUCUUCAAUCCCAAACAAGGCAAAGAUGCACCCAAAAGCUUCACCUUCGACUACUCCUACUGGUCGCACACUUCGUCCGAGGACCCCCAGUACGCAUCUCAGCAGCAGGUGUAUCGUGACAUCGGAGAGGAAAUGCUGCUGCACGCCUUUGAAGGCUACAACGUGUGCAUCUUUGCCUACGGACAGACUGGAGCUGGAAAGUCCUACACCAUGAUGGGGCGGCAGGAGCCAGGGCAGCAGGGCAUCGUGCCCCAGCUCUGUGAAGAUCUCUUCUCUCGUGUUGGGGAGAACCAGAAUGCACAGCUCUCCUAUUCCGUGGAGGUGAGCUACAUGGAGAUCUACUGUGAGCGAGUUCGAGACCUCUUGAACCCCAAGAGUCGGGGCUCUCUGCGGGUCCGGGAGCACCCCAUCCUGGGCCCCUACGUGCAGGACCUGUCUAAGUUGGCUGUGACCUCCUAUGCAGACAUUGCUGACCUUAUGGACUGUGGAAAUAAGGCACGGACUGUGGCUGCCACCAACAUGAAUGAGACCAGUAGCCGUUCCCAUGCUGUCUUCACCAUCGUCUUCACACAGCGCAGCCACGACCAGCUCACUGGGCUGGACUCAGAGAAGGUCAGUAAGAUCAGCUUGGUGGACCUCGCGGGCAGCGAGCGGGCUGACUCCUCAGGAGCCCGGGGCAUGCGGCUAAAGGAAGGUGCCAACAUCAAUAAGUCCCUCACGACGCUGGGCAAGGUGAUCUCAGCACUCGCGGAUAUGCAAUCAAAGAAGAAGAAGUCGGAUUUUAUUCCUUACAGGGACUCUGUACUCACUUGGCUGCUCAAGGAGAAUUUGGGUGGGAACUCGCGCACUGCGAUGAUAGCAGCCCUGAGCCCUGCUGACAUCAACUACGAGGAGACACUCAGCACCCUCAGGUAUGCAGACCGCACCAAACAGAUCCGUUGCAAUGCUGUCAUCAACGAGGACCCCAACGCCCGCCUCAUCCGAGAGCUGCAGGAGGAGGUGGCCCGGCUGCGGGAACUGCUCAUGGCCCAGGGGCUCUCAGCUUCUGUUCUGGGAGGAGGUCUGAAGGUGGAAGAGGGGAGUCCCAGAGGUGUCCCAUCAGCUGUAUCCUCUCCCCCUACCCCGGCUUCACCCUCAUCUCCCCACACACAUAAUGGGGAGCUGGAGCCAUCCUUCUCGCCCACCACCGAGCCCCAGAUUGGGCCUGAGGAGGCCAUGGAGAGACUGCAGGAGACAGAGAAGAUUAUAGCCGAGUUGAAUGAGACAUGGGAGGAGAAGCUACGGAAGACAGAAGCCCUGAGGAUGGAGAGAGAGGCGUUGCUGGCUGAGAUGGGGGUAGCCGUCCGUGAGGAUGGGGGAACUGUGGGCGUCUUCUCUCCCAAGAAGACUCCACACCUGGUGAACCUGAAUGAAGACCCUCUGAUGUCUGAAUGCCUGCUCUACCACAUCAAAGAUGGCGUCACCAGGGUUGGCCAGGUAGAUGUGGACAUCAAGCUGACGGGGCAGUUCAUCCGGGAGCAACACUGUCUGUUCCGGAGCAUUGCUCAGGCGGACGGAGAAGUGGUGGUCACGCUGGAGCCAUGUGAAGGAGCCGAGACGUACGUCAAUGGGAAGCUCGUGAAGGAGCCGCUGGUGCUCAAGUCAGGAAAUCGGAUCGUCAUGGGCAAGAACCAUGUCUUCCGCUUCAAUCACCCGGAGCAGGCACGGCUGGAGCGGGAACGAGGGGUUCCCCCACCGCCGGGGCCCCCCGCUGAGCCCGUGGACUGGAACUUUGCCCAGAAGGAACUGCUGGAGCAGCAGGGCAUUGAUAUCAAGCUGGAAAUGGAGAAGAGGCUGCAGGAUCUGGAGAAUCAGUACCGGAAGGAAAAGGAAGAGGCUGAUCUUCUGCUGGAGCAGCAGCGGCUGUAUGCAGACUCCGACAGCGGGGAUGACUCCGACAAGCGCUCCUGUGAAGAGAGCUGGCGGCUCAUCUCCUCCUUGCGAGAACAGCUGCCCCCAACCACAGUCCAGACCAUCGUCAAGCGCUGCGGCCUGCCCAGCAGUGGCAAGCGCAGAGCCCCUCGCAAGGUCUACCAGAUUCCUCAGCGGCGGAGGCUGCAAGGCAAAGACCCACGAUGGGCCACCAUGGCCGACCUGAAGAUGCAGGCUGUCAAAGAAAUUUGCUAUGAGGUGGCCCUGGCUGACUUCCGCCACGGGCGGGCCGAGAUUGAGGCCCUGGCUGCCCUCAAGAUGCGUGAGCUGUGUCGCACCUAUGGCAAGCCAGAGGGGCCCGGAGACGCCUGGAGGGCCGUGGCCCGGGAUGUGUGGGACACGGUGGGCGAGGAGGAAGGAGGCGGCGGCGGAGGCGGCGGUGCUGGUGAGGAGGGUGCCCGCGGGGCAGAUGUGGAGGACCUGCGGGCUCACAUCGACAAGCUCACGGGCAUCCUGCAGGAGGUGAAGCUGCAGAACUGCAGCAAGGACCGCGAGCUGCAGGCCCUGCGGGACCGGAUGCUGCGCAUGGAGCGGGUCAUUCCGCUGGCCCAGGAUCAGAAUGACACCAGUGAGGGUCCCUGGGCCCCGGAAGGCUCACAGGCUGCAGAGGAGGCUGCCCCCAGCGACCCUCCGCCCUGUGGCCGCCCAGCCUCACCCCCACUGUCCAGCUGGGAGCGGGUGUCACGCCUGAUGGAGGAGGACCCCGCCUUCCGCCGAGGCCGCCUUCGCUGGCUGAAGCAGGAGCAGCUGCGGCUGCAGGGACUGCAAGGUUCCGGGGGCCGCGGCGGGGGGCUGCGCAGGCCCCCGGCCCGCUUCGUGCCCCCUCACGACUGCAAGCUGCGCUUCCCUUUCAAGAGCAACCCCCAGCACCGCGAGUCCUGGCCCGCAGCGGCCGCGGCCAUGGGGAGUGGGGAGGCCCCAGCUGCACCCCAGCCUCCUGCGGAGGUCACACCCCCGCCGCCACCGCAGCCGCCCCCAGCCAGCCCUGCCCGCAGGCCUCCCAGUCCACGGCGGUCCCACCGUCCUCGCAGGAACUCCCUGGACGGAGGGGGCCGGUCCCGGGGAGGGGGUGCCCCGCAACCCGAGCCCCAGCACUUCCAGCCCAAAAAGCACAACUAUUAUCCGCAGCAGCCCCAGCCGUACCCUGCCCAGCGGCCUGCGGGGCCCCGCUACCCGCCCUACACUACUCCCCCGCGGAUGCGACGCCAACGCUCCGCCCCAGAUCUCAAGGAGAGCGGUGCGGCCGCGUGAGCCCCGCGUCCCAGCGCAGGGAGAAGGGGAGACACGCUUCCCUGGAAACCCACUGGGGUGGGGAAGGGCAGGGAAAGCCCGCAGAAGAGAGAGAAGGUUCGAGCAGGUGACGCGAAGACGAGAGGUGGCUGGGCCGGAGGCCAAGUGAAGGCACAGGGCACGGAGUUGCCAGGAGCAAACCAAAGUGAAGGAUGAGGGGCAGGAAGCCGCCUGGGGCCGCCCCCUGUGGAAGGGCGGAGCCCAUCAACGCUGCUAUG